AUGCCGUGCUGUGCUGUACCAUCACGACGGCUUCCCAUGUGCCACCGGGAUGAGAGUCAGGCUGCUCGCGGAGACGGAAAACGAGCCAGGCAGGGUGUCCAGGGUGUCCUCGUCCCUCGCUGGGCGAGCGAGCGGACGAGAAGGUUGCUAACCGCCGUGACCUGUGCUCAGCUGCUAGGUGACUACGACAAGGUGAAGGCGGUGUCCGAAGGCUCCGACUGCCGGUGCAAAUGCCUGGUCAGACCCCUGGGCCGCGGCGCCUGCCAAAGGAUUAACGAAGGCGCUUUCAGAGCGGAGGACUUCUACACGGUGGAAACCAUCACGUCGGGACCCAGCUGCAAGUGUGCGUGUGUGGCCCCCCCCUCAGCGCUCAAUCCUUGCGAGGGGGACUUCAGGCUGAAGAAGCUGCGGGAGGCCGAGAGCAGCGACCUGAAGCUCUCCUCCAUCGUCGAGAUGCUGGAAAGUGCCUUCUACGGCUUGGACCUUCUGAAGCUGCACUCGGUCACAACCAAGCUGGUGGGUCGGGUGGAAAAGCUCGAGGAGGGCAGAUACGAAGAAAGAUUCCUGAAAGAUGAAACCAUCUCCCAGCAGAUCAACUCCGUCGAGUCCCUCCCAGAGCUGCACCUCUCUCUGGAGGACGAGAAGCCGAAGCAACUCUUGCAGAGGAAGCUGCACGUGAGGAGCCGGCCUCCUUCCAAGCCCACCAUCGUUCGAGGGGUCACCUACUACAAAGCCCAGUCCACCGAGUCAGAGAACGACAUCGAGGAGCAGCCGGAUGAGCUGUUCAGCGGGGACAACACGGGGCACCUGCUGAUCGAGGACCAGCUCCUGAGGCCCAGCGGCCGGGCGGGUGAGGGUGCCGGCCUGGGGGCUGGGGGACAGGCGAGCACCCCUGCGACGCCGGUCAGCCCCACCAUCCCCGCCACCCCGAAGCAGGCUCUGGAGGAGGAGGACAUCAGGAACAUCAUUGGGCGAUGCAAGGACACGCUGUCCACCAUCUCGGGGCCCACCACUCAGAACACCUACGGGCGGAAUGAGGGGGCCUGGAUGAAGGACCCGCUGGCCCGGGAGGAGCGGAUCUACGUCACCAACUACUACUACGGGAACACGCUGGUGGAGUUCAGGAACCUCGACAACUUCAAGCAAGGGCGCUGGAGCAACUCCUACAAGCUCCCAUACAGCUGGAUCGGGACGGGGCACGUUGUCUACAAUGGCUCCUUCUACUACAACCGGGCCUUCACACGCAACAUCAUCAAAUACGACCUGAAGCAGCGGUACGUGGCUGCCUGGGCCAUGCUGCACGAUGUGGCCUACGAGGAGUCCACGCCGUGGCGGUGGCGGGGCCACUCAGACGUGGACUUUGCUGUGGAUGAGAACGGCCUGUGGGUCAUCUACCCGGCCAUCAACUACGAGGGCUUCAACCAGGAGGUGAUUGUGCUGAGCAAGCUGAAUGCGGCUGACCUCAGCACCCAGAAGGAGACGACGUGGCGGACAGGGCUGCGGAAGAACUUCUACGGGAACUGCUUUGUCAUCUGCGGGGUCCUGUAUGCGGUCGACAGCUACAACAAGAGGAACGCCAACAUCUCCUACGCCUUUGACACACACACCAACACGCAGAUCAUCCCCCGGCUGCUCUUCGAGAACGAGUACGCCUACACCACGCAGAUAGACUAUAAUCCCAAGGACCGCCUGCUCUACGCCUGGGACAAUGGGCACCAAGUCACCUACCACGUCAUCUUUGCCUACUGAGACACCCCCACCCCCCGCCAAAGUGGGGCACUGCGAGCCAGCGGCCACCAGCACCUUUUAUUAUUAUUUUUAUUGUUAUUAUUGUUAUUUUGUACAAAUCAAAGAGUAAAUGACGGGUUUUGUUUCAAGCUCUUUUUUAAUGGUGGAUUGUAGAUCGAUCCCCAGGCCAGACCCACCCCCUUCGUCUUUGCUGUAACCUUGC